GCGUCACACUUGACGCCGGUGCCGAGUGGUCCAUUGAGCCCAAUCUUUAAAUAGGAGUAAUACCGCUGCGUACAGUAACGGCAGCCUGCUGGCGCGGAUAUUUUAGUCUUUUCUCUGGCGGCUCCAAGCGUUCCCGAUAAAUUCCAGGAUGCCUUCAAAUAAAAACAUGCAAGGCGGGAAAGCUUUCGGUCUGUUGAAGGAGCAGCAGAAGCAGAAGCUGGAGGAAAUUAACAAGGAAUACCUGGAAGACCAGAAAUACAGGGACGAAGAAGGCCUGGCAGAGAAACUGGAAAGCUUAAAAAAUAAAUAUGCUGAGUUUGACCUGAAUGAUGAAGGAGAGAUUGAGAUGAUGGGGCUGAAGCGGAUGAUGGAGAAGCUGGGGGUGCCAAAGACCCACUUGGAACUAAAAAAGAUGAUUGUUGAAGUGACCGGCGACAGCGGCAACACCAUCAACUACAGGGACUUUGUCAAGAUGAUGCUGGGCAAGCGCUCCGCUGUGCUUAAACUAGUUUUGCUUUUUGAAGACAAGGCUAACAGCACCCCCUGCAAGCCAGAUGGACCCCCUCCGAAACGGGACAUCACUAGCCUGCCCUAAACUUUCAUGUCAGACUGCGGAGCAGAGGGACCAUUUGUGACUGUGUGGAACAACAUGGGAUAUUGUAUUAUUGUUUAACCAGGGAUCGAGGAUGUUUUGUGAACAAGUGGUGUGUGCAAGGUUUCUGUCGUUUGGAAGAGUGUGCCUAAAACUCACUAAAAGAUGUUUGACUGUGAAUAUUCAUGUUUAUUCCCCUUUAAAUCAAAUGUAGCAGUGAUAGUUGUACAUGUAAUCCAACUGAUAAGUAAUUUUUUACUAAGUGUUUUGUGGUUGUAUUUUAAGGGAAAACUCAUUCUAUAAAAGUUGCUCUCCAUCCUUUCAACUUUUAUUAUUUUUUUUUUUUUUCCUUUUAACCUGGAAAAAUCCAGCUUAACGAUGCAAGACCAGGUCACUUCUGGAAAAUCAGAAAACAAGAAGCAGUUUUUACAAAACAUUUUCUUCACCGUAGUCCUGCAUGGAGUUCUUCCUGGCGAGUCUUUGUCCGCUUUUGAGCAAGGCCCAGAGAACACGGGCCCAGUUUAUUUCCUCUUGAUCACCAGACCCAGGGUGCUGCGACCUGCGUUUUGAAAAUUCACUUACAGUUUUUGAGAGAUGAGCAGAAAGAGAUUACGCCAACUGGAACAGUUUGGGUUUCAGCGUGUGGCGAGACGGCCAGCGGGUUUGAUCCGGUUUCAGGUGUGUGAGGUUGAGCCGCUGCUCUUUUUGCAUGCUGUUUCACACAAGCAGAACAAAUGCACAUAAAACGCUACAUAAAGUACAAUCAUGUUCUUUCCAAGUGCCUCAACUUGCAGAUACUGUAAGGCUUACGCCAUUUUAGAAAGGAGGAAAAGCACACGUAUUUUUAGCUUGGUAGUUCCAGGAAACCAUGAAUUCAUGUUUCAUAUUAGGUAAGAUAGUAGUAAUGAUAAGUAAACUUUACAGAUAUUAUUGCUUUGUUUUCUUGAGUGAAUGAUAUUUAGUGAUAUUUUUUUUUUUUUUUGCUUAUUAACCAUUAUUUUCUAUUUCACUGUAUUUGAUCUGUCUUUGAUUUGUCUUUUUCUCUCCUGUUUCAUCAACCAUUGAUCUUGUUAUUUUUUUUGUAAAUUGAGUUCUGUCAUUUGUGCCUCUAUCUGCCCAUUGGUUUUUUGUUUUUUACUUAUAUCUUACAUGCUUGUUAAAUUGCUACUUUAGUGCAUUUACAGGGUUUUCACUUAUGAUUUGUUUUCAGUCCUUCAGGAGAGUCACCUAUUUUAGUGUUGAGAUGUAACAUUGUUUGCAGACACCAAAGGAAUUAAAGGCUCUUCUUACACUG